AUGGAUUGGGCUCGCGGGCUUUCAGCCAAGGAUCUAAAUGAGAUCAAGCAUUUGCAGAAUGGAGGGAUUGGCUUGAAUUCAGAUGCCAUUUUGGUGCUUAAGCUUCCUGAUUCACGAGUAAUGCGUGUCGUCUCUCGCUCGUUGUUUUUUACUAUGGUUAUUCUGACAUUGCCAUUCAUGGGGUCCAUUUUAAGGGAGCUUAAUUCAAGUUCUUGUUUUGAUGCCUCCGGUUCUGCCUCAAUUGAUCUUGAAUUCUUCGAUUUGCUGUUGCGAGAUUUGGCCAGGGAGGGCCUGAUCAAGAAGGGCGAUAAAGCUCUCAUUGUUAGCUCUGGAGUUGGGGCCGUAGUUGAUAGUUCAAGAUUCUUUAACGUCAAUGACAUUGACUUCAUAUCGGAAUCUGAUUUGGAGCAGGAAAGCUUGUUCCCGAAUGCAUCAUUUGAUUUUGCUUUGACAUUGUCCGUUGAAGAUACUAAACAUGUCGAUCGUAUUGUGAAAGUUGGAGGCAUUUUGGUUACUCAAUUGAGCAAUGACCCCUCAAAUGCGUUCCAAAAGCUGUCAAAUUAUAGAGUUGUGUAUCUUCGGCGAUAUGAUUCAACCAUCGUGGCAAUGAGGAAAACAGGUUUGGUGAAUCAGGUUGUGAUGUCCUCGACAAAGAGGCGGCCUUUGCAGCUGGCAUUGGAUGCUAAGAAAGCAGCAUUGCUAGGCUUGGAAGAUGUUAUGCUUGAGCCACCGCGAAAGGCUCUGGCAAAAUCUAGAAUGUACUUGAAGAGUUUCAAUUAUCUUCCCGACUUAAUGGGAGAUUCUUUAGAAGGUUUCUCGCGCCGAGUUUUCAUCGACGCAGGCUUGCAGGAGGAGGAGAACGGUGCAAUGCAAUGGUUUAACGAAAACUAUCCAACCAGGAAUCAAGACUUCGAGUUUCACCGCAUAAACAUGUGGCCUGAAGGAAAUACCAGGAAGGCGGCAUCACCUGCUGAUGUUUCGAAUUGGUUGAUGAAGAAUGUGAGGGAAGGUGAGUUUGUUGUGAUGAAAGCAGAAGCAGAAGUAGCAGAGGAGAUGAUGAAGAGGAAAACUAUUGGUUUGGUGGAUGAGUUGUUUUUGGGGUGCAACAACCAAUGGGAAAAGGGGAAAAGAAAGAAGAGCAAGAGGGCUUAUUGGGAAUGCGUAGCCCUUUAUGGAAGGCUGAGAGAUGAGGGGGUUGCUGUGCAUCAAUGGUGGGAUUGA